UGGAUUCUCAUAAAUAAUUAACAACCACUAAGGUGCCACAGCGCUUUUUUCCUCCUUGCUGGCUUUACGGAAGUAUCGGCGUCACACUGUCACCGACUCACGAAUUACUUGAAAGUCAAUUCUCAUUUAUCUCCAAUUUGGACACCUUGCUGUCUCAUGAGAGAUGACUGAGAGACUGAAACCUACAUAAAGUCCGAGAGCAACAAUGGAAGCCCGUGGCAGUUCAGGUAACUCAAUCCAUCUCUCAGAGAUGAGGAUUAUGCUGCUGGGGUGGAUAAGUGCAGGGAAGAGUUCAUCAGGAAACACCAUCCUGGGUAGAGAGGAGUUUGACCUGAGGACAGCUCAGUGUGCGAAGAGACUGGGAGAGGUAGCAGGGAGACAGGUCACUGUGGUCGACACUCCAGGAUGGUGGAGGGAUCUCCCUGCAGAGCACACAACUAAGCUGGUUAAACAGGAGAUAGUAUGCAGUGUGUCUCUGUGUCCCCCAGGACCCCACGCCCUCCUCCUGGUCAUACAAGGAGGGGGUUCAUUCACUGAGAAACACAGAUUAUCAGUAGAGAAGCACCUGCAGCUUCUCAGUGAGAGCGUCUGGAGUCACACUAUAGUGUUGUUCACUCAUGGGGACUAUCUGGGAAACACAACCAUUGAGCAGUACAUUCAACAGGAGGGGAAGGCCCUCCAGUGGCUUGUUGAGAAAUGUAGGAACAGGUAUCAUGUCCUCAACAAUAUGAACAGGGGCGAUGGCUCUCAGGUCACAGAACUGCUGGACAAGAUAGAGGAGAUGGUCGCAGGAAACAGAGGAAGACAUUAUGAGAUCAAGAGAGGAAUACUGGACAAGUCAAGAAAGUGGAGAACAAAAGAAGAGAAAGGAAAAGAAAGUCAGAAGGUUCCAAAACAAAGAGAGAUCCAUCAAACAUUAAGAGGUGACUCUGUCCAUCUCUCAGAGCUGAGGAUUGUGCUUCUGGGGUGGAUAGGUGCAGGGAAGAGUUCAUCAGGAAACACCAUCCUGGGUAAAGAGGAGUUUGACCUGAGGACAGCGCAGUGUGUGAAGAAACUGGGAGAGGGAGCAGGGAGACAGGUCACUGUGGUUGACACUCCAGGAUGGCGGAGGGAUCUCCCUGUAGAGGGCACUAUUAAGCUGGUUAAAGAAGAGAUUGUACGCAGUGUGUCUCUGUGUCCCCCAGGACCUCACACUUUCCUCCUGGUCAUACAGAUGGAUGUUUCAUUCACUGAGAAAUACAGAGAAUCUGUAGAGCAACACAUGAAGCUUCUCAGUGAGAGAGUCUGGAGUCACACUAUAGUGCUGUUCACCCGUGGGGACAAUCUGGGAGACACAACUAUUGAGCAGCACAUUCAACAACAAGGGAAGGCCCUCCAGUGGCUUGUUGAGAAAUGUGGGAACAGGUAUCAUGUCCUCAACAAUAGGAACAGGGGUGAUGGCUCUCAGGUCACAGAGCUGCUGGACAAGAUAGAGGAGAUGGUGGCAGGAAACAGAGAAGGACACUUUACGAUAGACAGAGAGCUGCUGGACAAGAUAGAGGAGAGAAGGAGGGCAGAGAAAGAGAGAGCACACGAGAGGCUGGUGAAAGUGCAUAAACAGAGAGAGAAUCUCAGAUCACAAAUGGGUCACUGCCUCCAUCUCUCAGAGCUGAGGAUUGUGCUGCUGGGAUACCGUUACGCAGGGAAGAGUUCAUCAGGAAACACCAUCCUGGGCAGGGAAGAGUUUAAUCAGAUGACAAUAUCUCAGAGUGUGAAGAAAGAGGGGGAAGUAGCAGGGAGACAGGUCAGUGUGGUCGAGACACCAGGCUGGUUGAGGAAUUGCCUUUUAAAGAACACUACUGGGCUGGUUAAAGAAGAGAUAGUACGCAGUGUGUCUCUGUGUCCCCCAGGACCCCACGCCCUCCUCCUGGUCGUACAGGGAUUGACUUCAUUCACUAAGGAGGAGGCAAAUUCUAUAGAGCAACACUUGCAGCUUCUCAGUGAGAGAGUCUGGGGUCACACUAUUGUGCUGUUCACCUUGGGGGACUAUCUGGGAGUUACAACCAUUGAGCAGCACAUUGAGACAGAAGGAAAAGCCCUCCAACGGCUUGUUGAGAAAUGUGGGAACAGGUAUCAUGUCCUCAACAAUAAGAACAGGGGUGAUGGCUCUCAGGUCACAGAGCUGCUGGACAAGAUAGAGGAGAUGGUGUCAGGAAACAGAGGAAGACAUUAUGAGAUAGACAGAGAGCUGCUGGCAAAGAUUAAAAAGAUAGAACUGUGGAGGAGAACUGAAGAAGAGCAAGCUAAAGACAGAAGGAUGAAGGUGCAAAAACAGAGAGAGAUCCACCAAACAUUUAUAGGUGACUCCCUCCAUCUGGCAGAGCUGAGGAUUAUGCUUUUGGGGUGGAGAGGUGCAGGGAAGAGUACAUCAGGAAACACCAUCCUGGGCAGAGAGGAGUUUGACCUGAGGACAGCUGCUCAGUGUGUGAAGAGACAGGGAGAAGUAGCAGGGAGGCAGGUUACUGUCAUCGACACUCCAGGGUGGUGGCGUGAUUUCCCUGUAGAGGGCACUAUUAAGCUGGUUAAAGAAGAGAUAGUACGCAGUGUGUCUCUGUGUCCCCCAGGACCCCACGCCCUCCUCCUGGUCAUGAUGGGGGUGGUUUCAUUCACAGAGGAAAACGCUAAAUCUGUAGAGCAACACAUGGAGCUUCUCGGUGAGAGAGUCUGGAGUCACACUAUAGUGCUGUUCACCCGUGGGGACCGUCUGGGAGACACGACCAUUGAGCAGCACAUUCAACAAGAGGGGAAAGCUCUCCAGUGGGUUGUUGAGAAAUGUGGGAACAGGUUUCAUGUCUUUAACAAUGAGGACAGUGGUGAUGGCUCUCAGGUCACAGAGCUGCUGGACAAGAUAGAGGAGAUGGUGGCAGUGAACAGUGGAGAUGUGUUCUGCCUGGAGGGCAUCAGAGAUGAAGACCAGAGUUCUGAGUGGAAGAUACCAUUUCGGCCUGAGAAGGGGAUUAGGAGCAUAGAUGCUCUUCGUUCCUUGCGUGGGGCCAGCAGAACAGAAACCACCAACAACUCUGAAAACAUGUCUGACUGGGGCUCAGAGGCUGGAUCACAACCUGAUGGGGUUGGCGAUGACGGAUCUGAUUGCCAAUCUCUGAGAAGCUCUGCACAUGACUCCGCCUACGGCUCUGACACUUCCUGUCCGUCACGUCACCUGACCUCAGUGCUGGGAUCAUCCAGAUCUAGGACUGGUGUGAGGAAGCCCCUGCUGGCUGGAGCCACUCUGAGUUCUACACCAGAGGAACUUACUCCGACUGUAGUGACUCCAGAAACUGCAGUAGAACUCACAGAAACCUCAUAUACGUGAGCUUUCCAGCCUCUAACAACAUACUAUCAGGGUACAGUGGUAUUGUCCCAGGUGUUUCUGCAGUAGUGAGUGAGCUGGUUCUGCUGCGUCCCCAGGCUCUGCUGCCCUCAAGCAGGCCUGUUCCAGUGCAGUCUGACUGCCUUCAUGUUCCUGAUGGAGGGCCAGGGGGAGGUGCUCUACAGGACUGUCCAAUGGGACGAAGGUCUGCUGAACUCCACAGGCCGCUCCCCUGCCGGACCCCUGUUCACCAUCGACUGUCCCCAGGGCUCUGUCUGUCAGCUGCACCUCCCACACUGUGAGAUUCUCUCUGGAGAGGGGCGUGAGGUGCUGUCUGUGGCUCAUGUUGCUGGAGGCAGCGUGGAGCUUGUGCCUCCACUGAGGGUGACAGACUCUCAUGUGGUGGUGGAUGUGACAGACCUGUCCCUGUGGGGCCUGGUCAGGUGGUUUCUACCCUCCCUCACCAUCAAGGGCCAGGUGCUCCUCUUCCUCCAGCAGCUGAGCCCCAUGUAUACCAUCCUCAACGUGAUGGUUCUGCCCAGCAACGUGCCUCUCUCUGAGGUGAGGGAGAAACAGGAGGGAACCACCUACCUGCGUGUCAGUUCUGACUGCCAGCUAGCUAAGGGGGAAAGAUACAGUCUCACCUGUCAUCUGGAAGAGAC